UCACGUGAUCCGCUCGUAUCCCGUUGAAGGACGCAAUCAAACAUGGCGGCCUCCUUACUGAGCAGGAGGGGAGUCGCGCUAUUAGGCUUUUCUCGUUCAAACUCUUUUAUCUCCGUUGUUUCUGGGAAUAAUAUCGUACAGUUGAUAGCUGGUUAUAACCCGAAACCUCUCAGGCUGAAUUUAAAGGAGCCUUACAUCCCGGAUAGGAACAGUGAGAAGACCCCGGAGUGGCAGAAGACUGAGAAAUAUGAGCGCAAGCUUUUUGCACGUUAUGGUUUCGCAUCCGGUGUGGAUCCAGUGAAACUGUGGCCCACUGCCGCCCAGCUGGAGGAGUUAAUCCAGGAAGAGAAGCAGUGGCACCCGCCGCUCGAAGAAAUGCUGAAAAACAUCGCGGCGAGGGAGAAAGAGCGAGCGGAUAAACAGCUGGCGAGAGAGAAGCUGAUUGCUGAAAACAUGGCUAAAAUGCCCAAGAUGAUAGCAGACUGGAGGAAGGAGAAGCAGGAGGCAAAGAGAAAGCAGAAGGAGGAAAAAGCCAAAAGGGAGCGGCUGCUGGCUGAGGCUCGGGAGCGUUUUGGUUAUGCGCUGGACCCACGCAGUUCCAAGUUCCAGGAGAUGCUUGCAGAGAUCGAAAAGGAGGAAAAGAAGAAGAGGAAGCUCCUGAAACGUCGAAAGAGAGAAGAGGAACAGGGGCUGACGACUCCUGCACCAGCUGCUGAAUCCUCAUAGAGACUCUGCCUGAGGGAAUACAAACUGUGUGUGUAUAUAUAUGUGUGUAUAUAUA